AUUAGUGCGGUUCCUCGCGCGCGCGCACGCACUUCCGAUUUUGAAACGGAAACUUUAUUAAACAACACGCCGGUCACUUGGUCCAACCUUAGUACGUUAGGCGGCGUCGCACAUGUGGGUUUGGUGUGUUAUAGAGAAUUAUUGUUAUAAUUUGUGUGUAGGAGCGAGCUGCUCGGAUGGACCCUCUGAAAGCGCAGCAGUUGGCGGCGGAGCUCGAGGUGGAAAUGAUGGCAGAUAUGUAUAAUCGCAUGACGAACGCGUGCCACCGCAAGUGCGUCCCCCCGCACUACAAGGAGGCGGAGCUGUCGAAGGGCGAAGCCGUGUGUCUGGACCGCUGCGUGGCCAAGUAUCUGGAGCUGCACGAGCGCCUGGGGCGCAAACUGACCGAGCUCUCUGUUCAGGACGAGGAGAUGAUGCGGAGGGCGGCUGGGAGCACCGCUUCCUGAUGGUGGCCAGGGCGGGGAGCUCUACAGUACUCCGCGGGGGGGUGUUGGCGCGGCUCACGUGUCAGUUCUCCUUCCUCCGAAGGGAGUGUGGGAUAUGUCGGAGUUGAUUUCUUUCGCUGAAACUGACGAUGAGCCUAGUUUGGGAGGACUUAGUGAAAUGAAAGGAUGACAGUUGAGUUGGUUUAAUCACUGACAGACUAAAAAAAAAUACAUAUUUUUUUUUAUCUAAUUGUGAGUGGAUUGAAGUGGGUUUCCCCCAGUUCCUUACAGCAGUUUUCCCACGUAAUCAAGUUUAGUGUGAAGUUACACUCCUUCACACCUUGAUUUUGACGCCGAGAAUUGAAAAUGGUCACGUUUUCACAUCUGAACGGUCACCUGAAGAUAUGGUCACGGAUUUCUGUAAAGUUAUGCUUAUGUAUGUUACCUUUUUAUCGUGCAUGUGA